UGCCUAACCAUUGUCCUCCUCCUACGUCCAUCUUGAUCUGAGCUUAUUCUGCGUUCAUGGUCGAUUAUGCGUGCAAUACGAAUCCGAGAAUCUUCACGUCGUGAUCUGGAAUUAACUGGACGUUUGUAUCUGUUAUUGUUUGUCUAAGAAGAAGGUGAUCCCACGAUGUCUAACUUGUAUGGAGAUUACAAUCAAAAGAUCGAUUACGUAUUCAAAGUCGUCUUGAUCGGUGAUUCAGCGGUUGGAAAAACUCAGCUUCUUGCUCGGUUCGCUAGGAACGAGUUUAGUGUUGAUUCUAAAGCAACCAUCGGUGUUGAGUUCCAAACUAAAACGCUCGUCAUUGAUAACAAAACCGUCAAAGCUCAGAUUUGGGAUACUGCUGGCCAAGAAAGAUACCGGGCAGUGACAAGUGCAUACUACCGUGGAGCUGUAGGGGCAAUGCUGGUCUACGACAUGACGAAACGUCAAUCAUUUGAUCACAUGGCUAAAUGGCUUGAAGAAUUAAGAGGACAUGCGGACAAAAACAUAGUGAUUAUGCUAAUAGGAAAUAAAUGCGAUCUUGGAAGCUUGAGAGCAGUGCCAACAGAAGACGCACAAGAGUUUGCAGAAAGAGAAAACUUGUUCUUCAUGGAAACUUCUGCUCUUGAAGCCACCAAUGUUGAAACAGCGUUUUUGACCAUCUUAACAGAGAUUUAUCGUAUAAUCGGCAAGAAAACACUAACGGCUGAUGAUGAUGACGCCGAUGGGAAUUCGAGUCUCUUGAAGGGGACUAGGAUUAUUAUUCCGAGCGAGCAGGAGAGUGGCAAAAGAGGUGGAUGUUGCGGCAAAACGUAACUCCACUAGCGAUUUUUUUUUUUGGUUAUAAAUUUUAUUCAUGUUAGGCCAUUCGCUCUUUAUUCAGCAACUUGUAUUAGCUUUGCAUUUAGACAGCCAAUAAACAGAGGUCCCAACAGAUUCCAACUCCA